GACUUCCGCCACUGUGCAGCAGCAAACGUCGUCCGUCCUGUCAACGGAUGGACGCUACACCCGGUAACGAAUCCAACGUUAAGCGGUCUCACCGGAAAAUGAAGCGCUGAAGCGGCUCGAUGAACACUAAAGAAUUAAGUUAAAAAAACAACAAGAACCUGUCGACCAUGAGCGGGACCGUGAGAGGGAUUUCAGAGGACAUGGACCGACAAAUCGCACAGGCUGUGUUCGACGAGGACGCCAUAUCCUCCACCUCGGUGGGGAUGUCGGAUUUGUCCGACGAGAUCCUGCUGUGCAUCCUCCGCCACGUUCCGGUGUGUGACCUGGUGCGGAACGUGUCCAACGUCUGCCACAAGCUGCACACGCUGUGCCGCGAUAAGACCCUGCUCACCAACGUCAGCCUGUCUGAGGAGUAUCUGGCUGACGAUCUAUUGGUCCGGCACAUUUUAAAGCGGUUGGCCAACCACGUGCAGUCUCUCAGCCUGAACGGUUGCUACUGGCUGGCCGGCUCCACGAUGGAACUUCUGGCUCGCUGCAGAGGAGUGACGCACCUCGAUGUCACCGGCUGCCGCCUCACUUCCCUGCGUCUCUCCCGUCUCCUCUCCUCCCUCUCUCUGCUCAGAUCGCUGGCUUUCGACGUGACGCCGGGCUUCAGCUCCGCUCAGCUCAGUUCGGAGGCGGUGGACUCACUGAGCCGCCUGUCGGAGCUCAGGCAGACACUGCUGACGCCGAGCUAUGGGGUGGUGCCGUGUUGCGCCCAACUCCGCAAGCUGAUGCUGCAGUUUGACAUCUCAGAUGUGACCAGAGAGGGUAUCGGUGUUUGCUGUCAGUUAAUGAUGGGUCAGAGCAGCGUGCCACAUUACCAACAGCUGGAGGAGUUCACUGCCAGGCUGGCUCCGGGAGAGGUAAACCAGACCUUGCUCCUGCUCUACCUGGCCGUCUUCAGCGUUCACGUGCCAAAGCGCCUCCGGGUUUUCCUCGUCUCCAUCCCCGGGCCGAACCCCGCUCACUGGCCCGCUGCUCCCUCGCUGGCCCAGAGCUUGGGUCAACGCGGUGACCUGGAGGCCCUGCAGCUGCCCCGGUCCUGGCUGGAUUCCUUGUCCCUGAAGCGAGCCCUGGAGGGAAACAGUCCCAAGCACCUGAGCUUCAGCCGCUGCCCGGCGCUGUGGCCGCAGGUGUUCCAGUCGUUGCUGGAGGGCGGGGUCCGAGACGCCACGCAGCUGACCAGCCUGAACCUCAGCGGGAUCAACAAGGUCCUGUACUCGGAGUGCCGCAGCGUGGAGGAUCAGCUGGUUCCCGCAACGAUGAGCCGCUUGGCAGCCGGCUGUUCCAACGUCAAACAGCUGAACCUGAUGCACACGCACUAUCACCACGAGAGCUCGCCCGGGCUGGGCGGGGAAACGCACCUGUGCGCCAGCUUGGCCAAACUGGCGCACCUGCGGCUCCUCACUCUGCCCGCUUGCGCCCUGUCAGACGGGCUGAACACGCAUCAAAUCACCACGAACCACACGUCCCCCUCGCCGUUGUUCCUGGGCUUGAAGAAGCCCCCGCGUCUGGGGAUCCAGAACUACAAGCCCGACUCCGAGUCCUCUCUGUCCGGGGACAGCACCUCAGGGCUCGCCCUGCUCUUAGCCGGCUGCCCUUUUUUAGAGACCCUGGAGGUCAUCGGCCCCGGUUUCGUCUCCGCGCUGCCGCGGCUCGAGCCUUGCACGCGCGCCAGCGUGGAGCCCCGGGGCAUGUGCGUGUGGGCGCGGGGGGUCGGCGACGCGCACUUAGCGGCCCUCGCGGCUUUGACUGAGUUACGUCGCCUGACGCUGGCCGGGCUCCCUGGGGUGCUCAGGGGGACGGGGCUGGUGCAGCUGACCAGGCAGUGCAAGGACCUGCAGGUAUUGUCCCUCGCCAACAUGGGUUCACUAAAAACCAUGAACUACAGCCCUGCCUUGCUGGACACACUUAAACAGUGCACGCAGCUACGGGAACUCAGGUUAGAGCAGCCGUACCUGAACGCCAGCGCGUCCUUCUUCGAGGCGCUGUCCUGCUGCUCCCGUCUGCAGCGCCUCUGCCUUAUCUCGCGCGGCGGCGCCUUCGACCCGUCGGCCGUGGAAACCUUCGUGGAGCGAUGCCGCCACGUCGUCAUGUGCCACAUGUUCACGGGGGGCACCCUGGUGGCUUGUCGCACGCUGCAGAAGGUUCUGCUGGACAGGUUUUCAAACGAUCGCCCGGCUCUGAGCGUCGUUAUCUACCCGUUGCAGCAUGAAGACCUGACUUCAGUCAUCAGGGACAUCCCGCUGACACUGCUGGACAGGAUCACUUUGUUCCAGAGCCACGUGGCGCAACCACCACAUCUAUCGCCGUUGUGACAUCACCAGAAGGCUUCGGUGUGAUCGGUGGUCAGGAGCUGCUCGGGCACAUUUUAUUCUGCAGGAUUAUUAAAAAAAAGACUGGUCUUUGUUUCAAGCUUGUCAACAGCAAUCAUCAUCAACAACCACAACCACUAUUUUUCUCAUCACGUGACACAUCAAUGAUGUCUGCAAAAGGUAAUUUACAAUUUAUUGUUCUAGGACUUUUCACAUUUGUAGUUGUUUGAGGGGCCCUCAGUCGUAAGUAAUCUACAUAACUACACUACAUCUGUUACUUGGAAAAUAAGUGCCAAAAAAAUGAUGAAGGGAUGUUUCUCUUCAGAUACUUUGCACAGAAGAUCUGAAUUGAAUUCUGUUGUAUUAAACUCCAUUAGUAACUAU